UGUCGUUGUAGCACACGAGAAUGGGCGCGGUGCCAAAUCAUGUUUUGGCAGGCGGCACCCGCGCUAGAUCCGUCUCCAUUCGGCCAGAGGAGGCAGCCACCACCGGCACUGCAAUCUGUCCGUGAUUACCAAGCAACGGUGAAAAAGGACAUGUUCCAGUCUCAUCUCUUUUCCAUUCUCCAUCAUCCCUUUGGUAUGUGUGUUGUGGACGGUGAAGAAUGGCUGCUGUGCUACCUCGUAUGUAUAUACGACGUCCACAUCGGUCAGUGCCCUGCUUCGGGCCUAAAGCACAGUAUCAACCCAUACAGCACUCAUCCAGGCCGCCGCCAGGGUUGCUUUCCAUCCGAAUCUCCAUUGCAAUCACCCUCGGUCAGCUCAGGGCCCCCGAGUAGGCAUACAAUUCUGUCCAGCACCCGUCUGACGUCUUUCGGAAACCACAGAAACCCCACGCCGACACGGUAACGUACAGAGAGACACAAGACAUCCCACUCUUCUAGCAUUCAUCCAACCGUUGUCCGUUGGGUAUCUCUUCCGAGCCAAUACUUGCGUUCUCUUCCAUCCCCCCGCAUGGUCACCAUAGAGCACAAGUGUCAGCUCCAGCUCGUGUAUAGUAAGACAGCAGACGCCUGCCGUAAAUCCACGGACUGGUACCUCGCUCUUUUCUAGGCCGGCCGAUGCCGAAAGCCUAGUCCC